GAGCCCAGCUCCGCAGGGCGCUUGUGCAGCUUUAAGGCGGUGCUCGUCGCUCUCCGGGCUCGGCCAGGCACCGGGAAGAGGAACUGGGCUUUUGCACUGCCGGGUCGGGGACGUCCCAGCGCCGGGCCCCGGCCCGAGGCUCCCGGGAGCCUCCCCCCAUCCCCAGACCCGCAGCCGCCUGCUCGGUGCUCGCUGCAAGGGAGGGGAUGGGGCGGGGAGGCCCCGGGGCGAGGACGAGCCCCUGCACCCCCUCCGCAUCCCCUCCGCACCCCCCCUGGCACCCCCUCGCAUCCCCCCUGCGUCCCCUCGCAUUCCCUUGACACCCCCUCGCACCCCUUUGCUCCCCCUCGCAACCCCCCUGCUCUUCUCUAUUGCAUCUGCCAGGGGACCCGCUUGCAAGGGCUGCUUGCUUGCAGGUUGCGUGCUUGAAAUAAAAGUCCCCCCUUUCUUCCCCCAAGACCUCCCCCAGCUGCCUGAGCCUCCCUUCCCACCAUGAUUUUGCUGAGCAGCAUCUUGCACCUCCGCCCCCCCCGGCGCUGCGGCCCCUUGGCAGGGCUGGGCAGGGGGCUCGGCCCCGCAGCGGGGUCCCGCAGGGCGCUGCGGGUGCUGGUGGACAUGGACGGGGUGCUGGCUGACUUCGAGGGAGGCUUCCUCAAGAAAUUCAGGGCCAGGUACCCCGACAAGCCCUACAUUGCCCUGGAGGACCGGAGGGGUUUCUGGGUGUCGGAGCAAUACGGGCGCCUGGGACCCGAGCUGAGCGAGAAAGCCAUCAGCAUCUGGGAAUCAAAGAACUUCUUCAUCGAGCUGGACCCACUCCCUGGUGCUGUGGAAGCUGUGAAGCAAAUGGCAAAUCUGGCAGACACCGACGUGUUCAUCUGCACAAGCCCUAUCAAGAAGUACCGCUACUGCCCUUACGAGAAGUACGCCUGGGUGGAGAAGCACUUUGGCCCUGAGUUUCUCGAGCAGAUUGUUCUGACGCGAGAUAAGACGGUGGUUUCUGCUGACCUGCUUAUAGACGACAGGCCUGACAUAACAGGGGCCGAGCUGAACCCCAGCUGGGAGCACGUGCUCUUCACAGCCUGCCACAACAGGCACCUGCAGCUGAAGCCCCCCAGCCGCCGGCUGCAGUCCUGGACUGACGACUGGAGGGCCAUUCUGGACAGCAAACGGCUGCCGCCCGGCCGGGCCACCUAAAAAACAACCUCCUGUGGCCGCCUGGGGCUGCGGCCACGCGCUCGUCACCCUGCCGAGUCCUGCUGAAGGCUGACACCACGGACAGACUGACAGAUGCCGUCCCUAGAGAGGAAGAGGAGGGGGAGAUGAAGCACCAAGGACCCCAGGAGUGGAUCUCAGCCCAGCCAGGGGCAUUUACUGCCACAUCUGCACCCCCAGCAUCACUGUCCUCCUCCAGCGUGGCAUGGAGUGGCUCUCUGUCCUGCUGGGGCAUGGUCACACCCGUGGUGGAGUUGUCCUCCGGCUGGCGUGAAGGAUCCCCAUCCACCCUCAUCCCUGAGGAGCUGCUGCAGCUACACACACAGGGGCUUUAGAGCUGCUUUGGGAAGAAGGGAGCAGAUAUUUCUUUACACAAGAGCUGCAAGAGACCAUGCGGGCACUUGCUGAUGGGCUGGCAGAGGUGAGGGGGGUUCUUUACCCUGCCCAAAGGCUCUUCCUCCUUCCCCAGCUCUUGGCACUCACCUCCCAAGUUUCUGGGGCUGUUCUCCCACUGCUCAUCUCUCAGGCUGCUCACCCUGGGCAUUGCUCAUGCAGCAAGCAGGCUGAGCAGUGCAGCAGAAAAGCCCUUUUUGGAAGCCCAGCAGCUUCUGCAGGAGCUCACAUCUCACCUUGCAAGCCGGUGAUCUGAUGGAUUUCCAAGCCAGGGAGGUCUGCACAAUGCUGGCUGCACGGUCCAUGCCCCAUUUCUCUCCUCAUCGUGCCCCAAAUCAGCCUGCCAGGAGAGCUCUGGGUGUGUGUCCACCCAGAGGUGGGUCCUUCUGGGGAUGGAUCCUUCCACGCAGAAAGCCCUGGGUGGUGUAAACCACCAGGCUCAGGCAGUGGGACCAUCGAUGCUGCCGAGCUGAUGGCCUGAUGGUCUGGUUUCACCUCGGGGAAGCCAGCCGGGGCUGCGAGUGGCCAGCUGGAACAACGGGCACUGAAAAGGGAGCGCUGGGAGCAAGCGGCAGCUCGAGGAGGGGCAUGUUUCAUGUAGCUGUGCUUCUUGUUUCCCUGCCUGGCUGGUUCCCACCUCCCUGAGCCCGCACCGGCCUCUGAACUGUACCACAAAGCGGCCACUGCUGCUGCUCCUGCCAGCCCUGGAGAGGGGAUGUCCCUGUCCUGGGGGGGACACCCAGGCAGAGCCCUGGGGACGUGCAGGGUGCAGCAUGGCCAUCGCUGCAGCUCUUGCAGGGGUGAUUUGGGGUAUCCAGCAGCACUUCUCACCCCAUUUGGGAUCCCACCACUAUCCCCUGCUGACCUGGACCAAGGACUUGCUGACCACGGGGGUUAAAUUCCCCGCUGGGACAUGUGGCAUGGGUCAGCCACCCCGUGUGCUGCUCGUCGAGCCUUUGGCUUCCUUCUCCUCUCUCCUUUUGGCCCCAUCAGCAAAAAAAAAACAACGUGAGCUGGAAGCCACGCAGCCAACAAACAGCACAUUUCAGCAGCAGCAGUUGCCCCACCACGGCUGGGACUCAGAGGGGCUCUCGAAGUCGGUGCUUCCGAAUCCGUGCCUUCCCCAGCUGCUGCGGGGCCAGGGGUGAAGCCCGAAUUGCUUCAGCUCUCUCUGAAAGCUGCCCCGUCUCUUGGGAUGGGGAGGUUGUGUAAAGACCGUGUGGUCUGGGAGUGACGUACCACAAGGAUUUAAGUUUUUUUUUUUCUUUUUUAAUCCUGUUUGAACCACUUUGUGCUUCUCCAGGCACGUUUGGGCUGUGUCUGCAGUGCCAGCCCCCUGAGGAGCAGCUCUCCGUCCAAGAGCAGCCCUGGACGUGAGGGGCGCAGCUUUCCAGGUCCAGAUCUUUCCCCCUUGGUGCGUUGUGUGAUGCCAGGGAGACCACGUGGAUUCACACCAGAUAUACUUGAAAGCAGGGCAGGAGUUUCUCCCUGUACGAGGCUCUGCCUGGACGCACAGAAAUCCCACGUGGUCACCGUCCUAUGGGGGCCAUGAGACGAAUUUCCAUCACCCAGUGGUGCGGCCCUUUUAGUGCUCGAGCCAUUCUGCGGCCAGCUGGGAUGCACAGGGCUUUUAUUUUUAAACACACAUCUAUAAAACAGAGGCUGCCGAGGAGCACUGCAAUAAACACCGGGGUUUAUUGGCAUCCGCCUUCCCAGAAACGGAGUUCAGGGUUUGCAGUUUCCCACCCGAGGCUCUGCCUUCUGCGUGGGGGUGCUGGGGGGGGAGGUUUGCACCUGGGGCUGGGGAGUCCUUUGGGGCAGAAAGCCCGAAAACGAGCCCUGCCAGCACAGCAGUGCCAUUACACAGAGUCCCCGUGGGCAGAACGAGAACCAAGGGUCAGUUUUAGUGCUGGGAGGGACGCUCCAGGCAGGGAAUGGCCUCCUGUGCCCUCCUCCAGGAUCAGCGUGGCACAGAGGAAGCAAGCACUGACGCUGGGACGAGGCAUGGGAAUUGUUGUUUUUUUUCCCCUGUUGUUGUUGUUCUUGUUGUUCUCAUUUUGUUUUGUUUGUUUGUUUUUUCCUGGCAGUAGCUCACUGCCACAUCCAGCUUUAAGGACGGUUUGAAUUUCCUCCUCCAGCUCAGACCACUGCGUUCGCUGGUUGCAAGAACUCCUUAAUUGAGCCACUUCACCGGCGAGCCCAAUCCUGCCGCAGCUCGGACCCUGCCUAGAUGCCACGGCAAGGAAAAAUGUGGCGCAGCUCGUGCCCGAAAUGUGCAUUUCUGAGCCCGAGACCGGUGCUGGGGGGACCGCAGGGAGGAUGGGGCAUUCGCAGCAGGGCUGGGCUGUGCGUUGCUGUGCUCUCUGUGACAUCCAUGAGCUGGAGAGGAAAUCCUGCUGGAGCUCAGGCACAGCGCGUGUCCCUGGCACUCUCAGGGCUAACCAAAGAGCGUAGAUUUGGGGCUUUUCCUCUCCCUUCGGGCUACAAAGAGAUGCAUGUUCCCAUCGCCUCACUGCAAAGGAGACGCACAAUAAACUUUUCUGUGCCACAG